AUGUUUGCGAAUGAAACUCUCAAAGUCCUUAAUCACUAUCGCGCGAAAAGAUACAGCUCCAACCUCACUCCAGUGCAAAAACGUGGUAUGCGAGAGGUACGAGACCUGAUAAGGUUGAAAACCAUAAGACUUUCCGUUAGUGAUAAGGGUGGAGAGUUUGUCGUAAUUCCUUAUCAGUUAGAUGUGGAGAUAACGAAAAAGCAUCUUGAGGAUGCUUCGCUUUAUCGCCCAUCAUCUGAGGAGGAAUUCAAAAGUAAAUACCGAAAACUAAACCACGAAUGGGCGAAAAUGGCAAGGGCUGCUGGUUUAAAACCAACAGUUAUCUCUCAACUUAAAGUUGACUUACCAACAUGCCCCGUCUUGUACUUAUAA